GGCUCCAGGGAUUCAUCAUCACCUUCCAGUGAUUAAAAAGUGUUUAUAAGCUUAGAGUGACAGGACAAGGAGGAUCAGCUUUAAGCUAAAAGGAGAGAUUUGGGUUUGAUAUUAGGUGGAAAUACUUUUCUCAGAGGGCAGUGAGUCCAGGCACAGCUGCCCAGAGGGGUUGUGGUGCCCCAUCCUCAAGCUAGGUUGGAUGGGCCCUGGGCAGCUGAGCUGGUGGGGAGCAGCCCCGUUCUUGGCAGGGAGAUGGGACUGAAUGGGCUUUAAGGUCCCAUCCAACCGAAGCCAUUCUGUGACUGCAUGACAUCCAACCUACACAGCAUCCGCCACAUCAUGGGCAAAAGGAAUCUCAUAUCAAUUGCACUAUGUUUACAAUGAUUUAUUUAAAUGCAAGGAAGUAAGCUCUUUCGAUACAAAGAGUACAUAACAUGAGCACGUGCAAUUGAGAAGGCCUGCAAUAGAAACUUCCACAAAGCUUUCACAAAAGCACUGCAGCUGCUGGAGCUGCACCUAACAACGGCUCUGAGUACAAAAGCUUUCAGUCAGCCCUACGGAACGACAAUCGAGGCUCUCAGCCAGCUCUUUCCCACUCCGUGCCCGCUUCCGAUGAAGUGCACUGCAUGUAGACGGUGGACAGGAGGAGAACCAGGCUGUUUCUCUGCACUUAACAGCAGAUUUCGGCACAGGUUUCCCACCGCCCCGGAGGCAGCAGGGACGCCGUGCCCGCCGUCACGCAGCUCUCGUAUUUCCGCAGCCGGCCGCACGGCCCUGGGCUCAGGGGUGGCACCUCCGUAUCCGCAACAACAGAAACAACGCGGCGUUGGUUCCGAGGAAGAAGAAGGAGGAAGGCGGGGAGCGAUGUGAUCGCUGCCCCACGGAAGCCCUGAGGAAGCCCCGAGCGGCCGCAGCGCCGCCGCAGCCCGGGCGAGGGCGCAGAGCCCGGUGCCGGCAGCCUUCCUUCCCCUUCCCCGCCUCUCCGCCCGUAUAAGCGGGGCGGGCGUCCCCAAGCGGGCCCGCCAGACCGGUUGGCUCCUGCGGGCCGCGCUGCUCUCCCCGCCUCCCCGAGGCGCGGCCCGGCCUGGCGUGCUGCGGCCGCACCGAGGCCGGGGGGCUCCAUGGCCUUCAUCCGCAAGCGGCGGCAGGAGCGGGAGCUGUACUCCAAGGAGAGGUUUUCACUGCUGCUUCUUAACCUGGAAGAAUAUUACUUCGAACAACACAGAGCUAGUCAUAUCAUAAAUAAAGGCUGCAGAGAUGAAAGGAAAAUAAGAGGUUCUCUAAAAAUCUGUUCAAAGUCAAUCAUUUUCGAACCUGAUGAGAAUCUCCAACCCAUUAUCAAGAUACCAUUGAGAGACUGCAUUAGUAUAAAAGCACCAGAAGACAAUGAAGCAAGCAACCCAUUCUUACGGGAGACAUCUGGAGGGAUUUCUGUUGUGUGUAAUCAGGUUUUUCUCAUUAAAGAAAGAAAUGUUAUUGCACCCUAUAAAACAGUAAGAGGUAAAACAGAACACCUAUUCCAACUGGAUGUAGCUGGGAAACUAGGAGAUGUUGUGCAAACUCUACAUCAGCUCUACAGGGCUUCUUGUCUGGAUAAGAUGGGAGAUCAAGCUGCCAUGAUAACUGCUAUACUGCAAUCCCGUUUGGCUAGAACUUCAUUUGAUAAAAACAGAUUUCAAAGCAUUUCUGAAACGCUGCGUAUGGAAUGUAAAGCAGAAAUGGUGACACCGCUGGUGACUAAUCCAGGGCAUGUGUGUGUUACUGAUGCUAACUUGUACUUCCAGCCUCUUAAUGGAUAUCCUAAACCAGUAGUACAAAUAACACUGCAGAAUGUACGCCGCAUCUAUAAAAGAAGACAUGGUCUAAUGCCGCUGGGACUCGAAGUAUUUUGCACAGAAAAUGAUAUAUGUUCUGACAUCUACUUGAAAUUCUACAACUGUCAAGAUCGAGAUGAGCUCUAUUACCUUAUUGCAACAUACAUAGAAAACCAUAUUACGGAGCAUACAGCUGAGAGUUACAUGUUGCAAUGGCAGCGAGGACAUAUAUCAAACUACCAGUAUCUGCUUCAUCUCAACAAUCUAGCUGAUAGGAGCUGCAAUGAUCUCUCCCAGUAUCCUGUAUUUCCCUGGAUCAUAGCAGACUACUCUAGUGCAGAAUUAGAUCUGACAAAACCUGAAACAUUCCGUGACCUUAGUAAACCAAUUGGUGCCCUGAAUAAAGAGAGACUGGAGAGGUUAUUGACACGUUAUGAGGAAAUGGCAGAACCUAAGUUCAUGUAUGGGAGCCACUAUUCAUCCCCGGGUUAUGUUUUGUUUUAUCUUGUUAGAGUUGCUCCAGAAUACAUGCUCUGUCUGCAGAAUGGAAAGUUUGAUCAUGCUGACAGAAUGUUCAACAGUGUUGCAGAAACCUGGAAAAACUGUUUGGAUGGCGCAACAGAUUUCAAAGAGUUGAUUCCAGAAUUUUAUGAAAACGAUUCUAGCUUUCUAGUAAACAGCUUGAAAUUGGAUUUGGGAAAAAGACAGGGUGGAAAGACUGUUGAAGAUGUAGAGCUUCCCCCUUGGGCAUCAGGUCCUGAUGACUUUCUUCGGAAGAGCCAAGAGGCUUUAGAAAGUCAGUACGUUUCGGAGCAUCUUCAUGAGUGGAUUGACCUCGUGUUUGGCUGCAAACAAAAAGGAAGUAAAGCUGUUAUGGCUUGCAAUGUGUUUCAUCCAUUAACUUAUGAAGGAGGAGUGGAUUUAAACAGCAUUAUGGACCCUAAUGAGAAAGUAGCUUUGCUGACGCAAAUCUUGGAGUUUGGACAGACACCAAAGCAGUUGUUUACAACUCCUCAUCCUCAACGGAUAAUGCCAAAAAGCUCCUCUAGAACAUCUAGUCGAAGUGUUUCCAUAAGUGAAUCUCCAGUAUCUCCAAAUGAAGAAUCAUUUGAAGAUUUGACGGAAGAAAGCAUUACGCUUGCUUGGAACAAUAUUUCUAAACUAAAACAAGAUGAACAAUAUAAAAUUCACAAAGAGGCAAUUACUGGAAUAGCAGUCACCUGCAAUGGGUCUUCUGUUUUCACCACAUCCCAAGACUCAACUUUGAAGAUGUUUUCCAAAGAAUCAAAAACACUCCAAAGAAGUGUGUCCUUUUCAAAUAUGGCUUUGUCAUCUUGUAUCAUCUUACCAGGAGAUACCACUGUCAUAAGUUCUUCAUGGGACAAUAAUAUAUAUUUUUAUUCAAUUGCAUUUGGAAGACGGCAGGACAUCUUAAUGGGACACGAUGAUGCUGUCAGUAAGAUUUGUUGGCGAGAUGGGUGUUUGUAUUCUGCAUCGUGGGAUUCCACUGUAAAGGUGUGGAAAUGCGUACCUGGCGAGACACUGAGCAAUAAAAGAAACUGCUUUGAAUUGCUUGCAGAGUUAGAGCAUGAUGUUAGUGUAAAUACAAUCGACCUUACUGCUUCAAACACUAUACUAGCAUCUGGAACCAAAGAGGGUACCAUUAGUGUUUGGGAUGUUACCACAGCAACAGUGUUACACCAGUUGCCUUGUCAUUCUGGUACUGUGUUCGAUGCUGCUUUUAGUCACGACAGCAGACAUCUACUCAGUGCGGGAGAAGACUGUUGUUUUAAAGUAAUAGAUGUACAGACUGGAAUGCUUAUAUCUUCUGUGACUGCUGAUGAGCCACAAAGGUGCUUCAGAUGGGAUGGAAAUACUGUCUUGUCAGGAAGUCAGUCUGGUGAAUUGCUGACUUGGGACCUCCUUAGUGGAAAAGUCACUGAAAGAAUCAAAGGACAUGCAGGUGCUGUAACCUCCAUGUGGAUGAAUGAACAAUGCAACAGUGUUAUUACUGGAGGGGAAGACAAACAAAUUAUAUUCUGGAAACUGCAAUACUAAGUGCCUUUCCCUCCAGCUGUUUAAAUGAACUCUUUCAUUUUAAACCAAACCUUUUAAAUGAACUUAACUGUGUGCAAUGAUGGCUGCUGAAGUUCAACCAGAAGAGAAGCUUUGCUCAACCACAACUUUCUGGUGACUUCUCUGAGAGCUCUUAACUUCCAUAAUGUAUGCAUUGAGUUUUCAUAAACUACCAAAAAUGCUUUGUCUAAUACUAUGAGAUGAGAUUAAAGACCUAUUUUUCUGUAA